CUUCGGUUUCCGACAGGUUUCAUGGAUUUUCGGUUUCCGAACGUUUCCGAAACGUGGAAACGCGUGUGGGUUGAAGUUUCCGUGCAUCACCGAUAUACCCGACCAACCGACUUUUGAGUAAAUUGAAAUCUACCAACUGAUCCAUUUAUAUAUUGAUCGAUUAAAAUUAUCUGCCCAACAACAAAGUUUCCGCUGAAAAAACUAUGGGCCGAUAAAAGCGGAUCGAAAGUGGGUCGGUAGCGGAUCACACCGACCAUGCCCAGCCCUACUUGAAAAUUGAAAUUAUUCCUAGUCUUCAGCACAAAAGCCAAUACGACGUCGUCUCUUUCAACAUCCAAUUCUGGGAAAAUUCUUUUCUGCGGUUUUUUUUCUUGCCACCAAUUCCUCUCUUCGUCUUCUUCAAUCCACCGCCGCCGCUAAUGCUGUGGGGCAUGACACGCCACCGCCCGUGCCCCUCGCCUCAGGUACAAAUAACGAUCAACCAAGCCUUGUAAAUGUAUAACAUGUGCUGAUAGAUUUGGAUUCGGAUGAUAAACUGCCAACUCAUCAAACUCGAAACCCUCCAGAAAGUACUCGUACAACGGUUCAAACAUAUCAAGAACUCUUGCUCGUUUUACCAUGCACACCACCUGUUCGAUGAAAUUCCUAAGACAACGCUGGUUUCUGUUCACCGGUUCAUGCUCAACCUCGUACGUCAAAAUAGCCCGGGCGCAGCGCUCGGUGUUUUCAAGAAGCAUUUUCAAAUGGGUCUUUCCAGAAUUGACGAAGUUGCGAUUGCCAUUGCUGCCAAGGCUUGUCUUGGGAGACCGAAACUCGGGUCUCAGAUUCAUGGCUUGGCUGUAGUUUCCGGUUUUAUGGAUUAUCUUGCUGUGUGUAAUUCUUUGAUGAACGUGUACUGUAAGUCGCGUGAUUUAAAGGGGGCUCUAUGUAUAUUCGAGCACUUGAAGAACCCUGAUACUGUUUCUUACAAUACAGUGCUGUCUGGUUUUGGAGACAAUAAAGAGGCGCUCCGUUUUGCGUGCGCAAUGCAUUCGUCUGGGAUUGCAUUUGAUGCUGUAACGUGUACGACUGUGCUUGCACAUUGUGCGCACGGUCAGGAGUUUGAUUUCGGGUUUCAAUUGCAUUGCCUUGUUUCGAAGUUUGGCUUGAAGACGGAGAUUUUCAUUGCGAACGCACUAGUGACAAUGUAUUCGAAAAGUGGGAAAAUCUCGGAUGCUGGCAAGUUGUUCGACGAAAUGCCCCACAGAGAUUCGGUUUCUUGGAACGCAAUUCUCUCGGGCUACGUUCAGGAGGGUGGUUGUGGAUUUGAAGCCGUUUUGGGAUUUAUCGAGAUGGUCAAACAAGGCAUGAAGCUCGAUCACGUCUCGUUGACCAGCGUAAUUUCAGCUUGCGGGCAAGAGAGAAUCUUGAAUUCCGGUAAGCAGAUUCAUGCUCUGUCGGUGAAAACAGGGUACAGUACGCACGUUUCGGUUUGUAAUGUUUUGAUGUCCAUGUAUUCGAAGUGCGAGAUUUUCGAAGACGCAAAACUGGUAUUCGAGAAUAUUCAUGAUCCCAAUGUAGUAUCUUGGACAACAAUGCUCUCCAUAAACGACGAGGAAGCCGUGAACUUAUUUAAAGAAAUGAUGAGGCACGAAAUAAACCCGAAUGAAGUUACAUUCAUCGGAUUAAUUCACGCCAUUACAAAACACAGUAUGGUGCAAGAAGGCUUAACGGUACACGGGUUUUGUAUAAAGUCAAACUUUCUUUCCGAAAUCAACGUUGCAAACAGCUUCAUUACCAUGUACGGUAAGUUUAAGAUGGUGGAAGACUGUGUAAAGGUCUUCGAGGAACUCGAUUACAGAGAGAUAAUAUCGUGGAAUGCUAUGAUAGCUGCUUAUUCACUAAACGGGUUGUACCAAGAAGCUUUACAGGUGUUCCUUUCGGCUUUGAAAGAAUUACAACCGAACCCUUACACAUUCGGUAGUGUCUUGCACGCAAUCGCCUCUUCGGAAUCGAUCUCUCUGAAACAGGGGCAAAGAUGUCAUUCCUGGAUAAAAAAGCUCGGGCUGGACACAGAUCCAAUUGUCUCCGGUGCACUUCUUGACAUGUACGCAAAACGUGGCAGCAUAUUCGAAUCCGAAAAGAUUUUUCACGAGUCAACGCAAAAAAGCCAAGUUUCCUGGACAGCUAUAAUAUCAGCCCACUCGAGGCACGGGGCCCACGAUUCAGUCAUGAAGUAUUUCAAGAAUAUGUUGACCGAAGGCGUGAAACCAGACGCAAUCACGUUUCUCUCUGUUUUGACAUCGUGCGGUCGAAAUGGAAUGGUUGAUUUAGGAAUUAAAAUAUUCAACUCGAUGGUCGAUGAAUAUUUUGUCGAGCCUUUUUCUGAGCAUUAUUCUUGUGUUGUGGAUAUGUUGGGCAGGGCGGGGCGGCUGCAGGAGGCCGAGGAAUUUAUGAGGAAUAUUCCAGGUGGGCCCGGAGUAUCGGUGCUUCAAAGCUUGCUUGGGAAUUGUAGAAUUUACGGAGAUGUGGAAAUGGGAGUUAGGGUUUCGGAUGCUUUGAUUGAAAUGGAGCCGGAAGAAUCGGGUUCGUACGUUUUGAUGUCGAAUUUGUUUGCUGAGAAAGGGAAGUGGGAUAAGGUUGCGAGAAUUAGGACAAUGAUGAGGCGGAGGAGGGUGGUGAAGGAGGUGGGGUUUAGUUGGGCGGAUGUUGGGAGCGGGGGCGAAUCGGUAAAUUUGCAUGGGUUUUCGUCGGGUGACAAGUCUCAUCCUUUGUCGAAUGAGAUUUAUUACAUGGCUGAUUUGGUUGGAUCGGAAAUGAAAAGGAAAAGAGAGAGGAUCUGUAACAUUUGAUUGAUUUUUGUUCGAUUAUAUGGAUGAAUUGAAGUAAUUAGAAAAUUGUAUUUACUGAUUUUAUUUUUUGUCGAUUCUUUCGGGCGAACUCUGUAGUCUGUAGUACCGAAAGGCUUGAAGAUAAAUUUACUGUUUGAUCUUUGGCUUCAAACUUGGAACAAUGUAUUAUACCAUGUAAUUCGAAAUUUUCUACCUAUUGUUUUGAAGAUUUCAUAUUAA